CGUCAUCUUCACAAUAAUGAAUCAACAGUUCUCGUUUAUUAACAAAUGUUUUGUGGAUCUUAACGUCACCGAACAAACGAGGAAACUGAAGUGAUUAUCACCAUCCACGCUGAUAAACAUGAAAGUCUGCGCAACUGUGAUAUCGUUUAUCACCAUAUCUGUUUGUUUUAGCGAGACGUUUGAUAUUUACGAGGACGUUUGCGAAGGGUUGUGUGUUUGCGAAGAAAAAGAGGGAGUUUUGAUAACCAGCUGUGAACGACGCGGAAUCGUAAAUCUCUCUGAAGUGGGAUUUCUGCGCUUCAACACACAUCAUCUGUUUCUCACAGGAAAUCUGCUGCAGAAACUUUCGCUUGACGAUUUCUCACGUUAUGAAGGACUCAGGAUCUUGCAUCUUGGCAGUAACGACAUAGCCGAGAUUGAGAGCGGGGCUUUUAACGGACUCAGUGCGCUGAAGCGCUUACACUUGAACAACAACAAAAUCGAGGUGCUAAGGGAUGACACUUUUAUUGGCUUGGAAAGUCUGGAGUACCUUCAAGUCGACUAUAAUUACAUCAGCCGCAUUGAAUCGAACACCCUCAACAGGUUACGCCGUCUAGAUGUGCUGAUUCUGAACGACAACUUGCUGUACUCCUUACCCAAAUAUGUUUUCCAGUUUGUUUCGUUGACCCACCUCGACCUUCGAGGGAACCAGCUUAAAGUUCUUCCUUAUAAUGGACUUCUUGAACACUUAUCCAAAAUUGUAGAAUUACAACUUGAAGAAAAUCCUUGGAACUGUACAUGCGAGCUUAUUGGGCUCAAAGACUGGCUAGAAAGCAUCUCGUAUAAGUCGUUAGCAGGAGACAUAGUGUGUGAAGCGCCCUUCAGGCUUCAUGGCAGGGACCUUGACGUGAUCUCCAAGCAGGAACUUUGUCCAAGAAGAGCCAUAGCCGAGUAUGAGAUGGGUGCUGAGGCAUUUCACGAACCCGAGGCAAUCGCAUCUUCAAAUAUCAUACGUGCUACCCAACCCCCAAGGGGCAGCCGUCAAUCAGGGAAGCUACGUACCAAACCGACGGCAAGGGUUUCCUUAGGGAAACCGCGGAAAUACGACCCAGUGGUGGCUAACCAAACCAAAGCCCCGGUCUCUCUUGAGUGUCCAAAUGUAUGCACUUGCAAUCUCCAGAUUUCAGAUCUCGGCUUGAACGUGAACUGCCAAGAGCGGAAAAUCGACUGCAUCUCAGAUCUUAAUCCCAAACCAUAUAAUCCCAAAAAGAUGUACCUUACAGGAAAUUACAUCAGCAUGUUACACAGUUCAGACUUUCUUCAUGCCACUGGCUUGGAUCUGCUUCACCUGGGCAACAAUCGGAUAUCCGUCAUUCAUAGCAAAGCAUUUGUAGAGCUACGUAACUUACGAAGACUUUAUUUAAACGGAAACUUAAUCGAGCGUCUUACUGAUGAUAUGUUCUCGGGGUUAGAACACCUCCAGUUCCUUUACUUGGAGUACAACCUGAUCAGAGAGAUAGAAACUGGAACCUUUGAGCAGGUUCCCAAUCUUCAACUCCUGUUCCUUAACAACAACCUUCUCAAAGCAUUGCCAAUGGGGGUUUUCAGAGGCUUAAACCUGGCACGGUUGAAUCUGCGCAACAAUCACUUACGGAACUUGCCGGUCGAUGGUGUUUUGGAAGAUUUGACAUUGUUGGUGCAGAUCGAUCUGUUUGAAAACCCCUGGGAUUGCUUCUGCUCGAUUGUGGAAAUGAAAAAAUGGUUGGAAGAGCUCGGAUCCGGAACUAUUGUAAACGAUGUGAUUUGUGAAUCUCCACCAAAACUGACCGGAGAGGAAUUACGCUUUGUUCAUUCCUCUGAUCUUUGCCCAGUUGAUUUAAACGUUCGAACUUCCUCGUCUCCUCCGUCAGAGGAAUCCUUCCCGGGCAGCACUGUUACUGUUGAAACAUCUUCGGAUUACAAUUCAGUAGAUCCUACAGUGCCUCUCUCCGUUCUCAUUCUCGCUUUGUUCCUUAUUUUCAUUGCGACUGUGUUCAUUACUGCCGGUCUGUUCACGAUGUUCAAGAUGAAAAAGCACAAAAAAGACAAGAGCAAAAACACAGACUCUAGUUCCUUUGAUAUCGUUUACGUAGACAGACCAGGAGCAAAGGUCAGGACGUCUGCGGGUCACGUUUAUGAAUAUGUGCCUCCUCUUCCAUCAUCUAAGUGCGGGCUUCUGGAAGAACGGUACACUGAUUUUGACGAGCAGAACGCUUUGUCGUUUACCUCUGAUGACGAAUUAAGAAGCAUCGUAAAUGGCUCGGAGUUUGGCGCGAGUAACAGGCCUUCCCCUCUACACGACGAUGACCUUUUUUAUCGAGACAUGCUGCCGCGAGGCCACCAAGGCUCCUGCAGGUCCAGUUUACCGUGCAAACAUAGUUCGACACACUAUUUGCCCGAGUACAACGUUACACCUCAGUAUUUGCACCCGGAAAGACAACAAGCAACGAUGCACGUAAAGCCCAACCGGAGUGAAUAUUGGGAGUUAAAAGCACAGCUUAAUUUUGAGCCGGACUAUCUGGAGGUUCAUGAGAAAAGGACAAUGUUCACUCAGUUUUGAGUUGAAACAAAUGUUCUUUGUUUUGGAUUUUGUCCAUAGCAGGGCUGUUAUGUAUAAACCCUCUGGGAAUAACUCCUACAAGUCUAAGAACAAAAAAAUAAGUUCAAAUCUGGAAGAUGAAAUGUGUUAUGCAGGUUUUUAGAGCAACUCUUGGCAAGGAGUAAGAGGUACUCUUCAGAGUAGAUCUUCUUCAUGAAGUAUGACUA